AUGACUCCAGUCAAAACCGAUUCAGUUCUCAUUGUGGGCGCUGGCGUCUUCGGUCUUUCAACAGCGCUUGAAUUGAACAAGCGCGGAUACACUGACAUCACCGUUGUCGACCGAUUUGUCCCUCCAUCAGCAGAUGGAAGCAGUGUUGACAUCUCACGUAUCAUUCGCUCUGACUAUGCGGACCCAAUUUACUCUCAAAUGGCCCGUGAAGCCUUUGAUGGAUGGACCACUGAGUACAAAGACCAGUUCUUCCAGUCAGGAUUCGCACUAUUCUCCGACACUCCUAAGAAUGCAUACAUGGAAGGUUCCAAGGCAGUGACUCGUGCCGCGGGUGGAAAGCUAGACGAUCUCGAUGAUGCCAUGGACAUCCGCAAACUUUACCCCAGCGUCCAAGCCGAACUGUCCGGCAUGAAUGGCUACCACAAUGCCAGGGGUGGUUGGGCUGAUGCUGCUGGCAGCAUCCAAAAGCUAGCUUCGAAAUGUACAGUUGCUGGAGUCUCGAUUAUCGCCGGACCCCGGGGAACUGUCACCUCCCUUCGCCGGGCAGGGUCGCAAGUCGUCGGUGUCAACCUUGUGGGUGGACAGGUGUUGCUUGCUUCACGGGUGAUUCUCAGCGCAGGAGCGUGGACUAAUCGUCUACUGAACAUUGGCCACGCCGCAACUUCUACUGGUCAGCCGGUCGGUUUUAUUCAAUUGACCGAAGAGGAGGCAUACGAAAUGAGAAAGAUUCCCGUGAUGAUCAAUAUGAGCUCCGGUGUCUUCUCAUUCCCACCCACCCCCGAUACCAACGUACUCAAGCUGGCCCGACACGGCUAUGGCUAUGCGACAGAUGUUCAGGUUGACGUGGAUGGUGUCAAAAAGUCAGUCUCAUCCCCGAAGUUCGAAACCAGCAACGCAGCCACUGGAUACCUGCCGGAUGACGCAGAUGAAUCCCUACGAAAAGGUCUGCGUCAAUUCUUUCCCAAAUUGGGUGACCGCCCAUGGAUGAACCGCCGCCUGUGUUGGUACACGGAAACCCCGAAGGGCGACUUUAUCAUCGACCAUCAUCCCACUAUCAAGGGACUUUUCAUGGCAACUGGUGGCUCAGGACAUGGAUUCAAAUUCCUUCCCGUUCUAGGCAAGUAUAUCGCAGACUGCUUUGAGAACAAGGCACCCGAGAACCUGCGCCAAAAAUGGCGGAUGGCUCCACCACCUGACGUUGAUUCCAAGAGCACGGUCUUGGGCGACGGGAAGAGCGAUGGAAGCAGAGGAGGUCCACCACUCAGAAGACUCAGUCCAUUUGAACAAGCCAAGCUGUAA